AUGUGUCCCCUGCAGUGUCCCCAGCCAUCUCCUCCAGCCGAUGCCGGCAUCCAGGUUCCGUGUUCUUCCUGUCCGUGCGAGCGUCAGGACGUAUGGGGGCUGGAACUGGCGGCAAAUUUAAAAAUUUUAGAAACUGUAAUUUUCUAAUAAAUGAUGUUUCAAAGCAUUUCACACACAUUUUGUCCCUAGUGCUUUGUCCUGUGCCCUGCCUGCAUUUUGACUGUUCUUUCUGCCUGGAAACUUAGAAAAGUCCAUGGCGUCCAAAAAGCGUCGCUUUAGGUCAAAAGCGGUUUUAGACCAGCUAGAGAACAGUGAUAGUAAAUUAGAACUACUUGCAGAAUUGA